AUGCUCACUGUAUGCAGAAAACAGUACUAAUCAUUUGGGAGAGUACAAUACAAGAAAAUGUGCCUAUGAUUAACUCUCCUUAGCCUAGUACCAGAGAAGCCAGAUCAAUUUUCCAAACACUGCCCCGUUUCAAUGACUGUAAACUGCCAGUUGAGGCAUAAGUUCUGCUUGAUCUCUUGGGAAAGAGGCAGCUGAACCAGAUUAAAUGAAGUACUACUUAUUAAAAAAAAACAGGGACCAGGUGCAUUGAAAAAAAAGAAAAGAAAGAAACGGAUACAUUCUGGUAUUUCAGAGUCCCGAAGUGGGGAGCCUGUGGAGUGAUCAGAUAAAUUGUAGUAAUGUGAGUCGGUGACAUUGGCUUCUGGAGUCUGGCAGGACCUGCCUCCACCGCACUCUGUCCAGGGAAGGAAUGAGUGACAGACCGGGAUCAAGGCACUGGGGUAAGUGCGUGCCUCUCUGCAAGCCCAAGAGCAACAUCAUGGUGGCAUUCAAAGGGGUGUGGACGCAGCCUUUCUGGAAGGCGGUGGCCGCGGAGUUUCUGGCCAUGGUCAUUUUCGUCCUCCUCAGCCUGGGCUCGACGAUCAACUGGGGCGGGAGCGAGCAGCCGUUGCCCACGGACCUGGUCCUCAUCUCGCUCUGCUUCGGGCUGAGCAUCGCCACGAUGGUCCAGUGUUUCGGGCACAUCAGCGGGGCCCAUGUGAACCCGGCGGUGACGGUGGCCAUGGUGUGCACGAGGAAGAUCAGCAUCGCCAAGUCAGUCUUCUACGUCGCGGCGCAGUGCCUGGGGGCGGUGGUCGGUGCUGGCCUCCUCUACCUCGUCACUCCUCCCGGUGUCCUGGGCGGACUCGGAGUCACUACGGUCCAUAAAAACCUUACUGCUGGUCACGGACUCCUAGUGGAGUUGAUAAUCACAUUUCAGCUGGUGUUUACCAUCUUUGCCAGCUGUGAUCGCAACCGAACGGACGUCACUGGCUCAGUCGCAUUAGCCAUCGGGUUUUCCGUUGCCAUCGGGCACUUAUUUGCGAUCAAUUAUACGGGCUCCAGCAUGAACCCUGCCCGGUCCUUUGGACCUGCUGUUAUCAUGGGAAACUGGGAGAACCACUGGGUCUACUGGGUGGGACCGAUAAUAGGAGCCGUCCUGGCUGGUGGUCUCUAUGAGUACGUCUUCUGUCCUGAUGCUGAGCUCAAACGUCGCCUGAGGGAGGCCUUCAACAAGGCCGCCCAACCCGCCAAAGGCCACUACGUGGAGGUGGACAACAGCCAGAACCAAGUGGAAACGGAUGACCUGAUCUUGAAACCCGGCCUCGUGCACGUCAUUGACAUCGACCGGGGAGAGGAGAAGAAGGGGAAAGAGACGUCCAGCGAGGUGCUGUCUUCCGUAUGACUAGCAAGUAGCACCGGAAGCAGAGAAGAACCGACGGAGUUGGCUACGGAUUUCCUCCCCCCCAUUAAAGAGACCGAUCUGCUGUAAUUGGGACACCCCCCGGUCCUCAGGAUGGAAGCAAACCCCUUCCUGCCGGCCACUUUUUCAUAUCCUAUUCUCCUUUCUCUACAUCAGCAGUCUCCCUGAUUUAAGAGAGGCAGAGAGAGGACUUCCAAAUU